AUGGCUGCAGACAGCAAAGCGACCAACAUCUCCAUCACUACGGAGGAGUUGGCGGGCAGCAUCCAUGACUCUGCGUCCAGCGACAGACAGCACCUGAGGGAGCACACGGGAUCCGAAGAAGGCGGAUACAACGAGGAGAAGAACCCAUUCCGGGACUCGGCCGUUGCCCAGCAUUGGACUGAAGUCUACGAGAAGUCACAAUACGAGUGUCGGCAUGUGUUUGAUCCAACAUUAACAUGGACCGAGGAAGAGGAGAAGCGUCUUGUUAGAAAACUGGAUUGGCGGGUGUGUCUGUGGGCUUGCGUCAUGUUCUUUGGCCUUCAAGUCGAUCGAGGGAACCUUGCACAGGCAGUGUCGGAUAACAUGCUGGAUGAUUUGGGCCUCACAACAAAUGACUAUAACUACGGAAACAGCGUUUUCAGAAUAUCCUUUCUGGUUGCCGAACUUCCCUCGCAGCUCGUCUCGAAGAUGGUCGGCCCCGACCGAUGGAUUCCCGUACAGAUGGUCCUAUGGUCGGUUGUUGCCGUCUCACAGUGUGCAUUGACUGGCCGCACAAGCUUUCUCUGUACACGCAGUCUUCUAGGUCUCCUGGAGGGAGGGUUCAUUCCUGAUAUUGUUCUCUGGCUGUCUUACUUUUACACCUCUCGGGAGCUGCCAGUCCGACUGGCCUACUUUUGGACUUCCCUCUCGGUUACUGGCAUUGUCACCUCGCUUCUCGCCUUUGCCCUCCUUCACCUGCGUGGUGUUCACGGCUGGGCAGGAUGGCGGUGGUUGUUCCUCGUUGAAGGCUUGAUCACUCUCGUUGUCGGCCUCGCUUCAUUCUUCCUGAUGCCCGCCUCUGCUGUCCAAACGAAGACCUGGUUCCGCCCUAAGGGAUGGUUCACAGACCGCGAAGUAGCCAUCGUUGUCAACAGAGUCUUGAGAGACGACCCAUCGAAGGGUGACAUGCACAACCGACAAGCUAUUACUCCAAAGCGAUUGUGGGAGACGUUAAAGGACUUCGAUCUCUGGCCUCUCUAUAUACUUGGACUGGUUAUAUACAUACCCUCCAGUCCGCCAGCGACCUAUCUUACACUCACCUUGAGGAAGAUUGGCUUCGAUCCUUUCACCACUAACUUGUUGACUAUCCCAUCCAACGUCUUCCACAUCAUCAAUCUCAUUCUCAUCACUCGACUUUCAGAAUGGCUGAACGAGCGAACCCUGGUGUCCAUGCUACAGAUGAUUUGGACACUUCCUUGUGUGAUUGCCCUCCGCUGGUGGCCUGGUGUCAUGGUCGAUCAAUGGGGCACCUUUGCUCUCGUCACGGUCCUGACCUCUUAUCCAUAUUGCCAUGCCAUUUUGGUUGGCUGGACAUCCAAAAAUUCCAACAAUGUCGGCACUCGCUCAGUGUCUGCUGCGGUCUAUAACAUGUGCGUCCAAGUUGGCAGCGUAAUCUCGGCGUACAUAUACGUGGACGAUGACGCUCCGCUCUAUCACCGGGGCAACUUUAACCUCUUCAUCAUCAACGUGCUUUCGAUCGUCCUCUUCAUUCUUACAAAGAUCUACUAUAUGUGGAGGAACAAGCAGCGUGACAAGGUCUGGAAUGCAUUGACUGAGGAUGAGAAGAAGGAAUACACUGCGAAUUCUAAGGUGCAAGGCAGCGCGCGAUUGGACUUUAGGUUCGCUCAUUAA